CUAUAUAAUAUAUAUAUUAACAUUUUUUUUCUCUAUAUAAUAUAUAUAUUAACAUGUCAACAUUAGAUAAAGUGGAUACUGAAGAUAUUUGGGCUUCUGAUGAAGAAGAUUCUGAUUUUGUUCCAGAAGGUAAUUUAUUGAACUGAGAGAAAAAAAGAAUUAGGAUCUUUAUCAACUUUUUUUUUUUAAUUUUUUAAUUAUAGUUGAUGAAGAAGGUGAUCAUGAUAUUUCUGAAAUAGAAGACAAUGACGACGUUGUAGAUUCUUCGACAUCUAAGAAGAGAACUAAUGAAGAUCAACAAGAAGAAAGUGACAAUACCAAAAAGAUCAAGUAUGUUUCAAUUUAGUAUAUUCUCUGUAAGACUACUUUUUUUUUAAUUUUUUUUUUUUCAUUUUGUACUUUCUAUUAGAACUGAUAUGGAACGAAAAGCUAAAGUGGAUGCACUAUGGGCAGAAAUGAAUCUAACAACAACAACAACAACAACAAAAAGUAAUCAAAACAAGUCCGACAAACCAUUGGAUGAUAUAUCUACCAAUCAACUUGAAAAAGUCUCAAGUAUUACUUCUGUGAAUAAUCAAAAAACACAAGAACCAUCAAGAGAAACAACAUCAUCUAGCGGUAAACGAAGGAUCCAACGACCGAAAUCCAACCUAUCGGACCUAGUAUCUCAGUACAACAUCAAAGUACCAAAAAUAAACACAUUAGAAAAGAGUCGAUUGGAUUGGCAAGGUUAUGUGGAACGUGAAGGUAUCAAGGAAGAUCUCAAAUUCAAAAAUAAAGAUGGUUAUAUGGAAAAAGUAGCCUUUUUACAACGUGUAGAUGAUCGACGAUGGAAUGAUUUGAAACAAGGACAAAAACAAUCAAAACGAUAGUUUAGUUAUAUCCCCUAAUUUAUUUAUUUUGGUUUAUGUAAUAAAGAUUAAAAACAAAUGUAUAUAUUAUCAUAUCAUAUUUUUCAUUU